AUGACGGCAGCGGCAUCGACUUCGGCGCAUAGACUGCCCGACCACUCCCAUCUGCCCCUCCCGCCGAUGCCGCUCCUCCGCUCCGCUCCCUCUACUUCUACCUCUGCACUUGCCUUAAUUCCCGCACCCGAGCGCGAGACCGACAAGGAGCGCGGCGAGCGCGACCGCGAGGAGGAGCCGUUCCCGGCGUGGGUCGACGGGCUGGACAUAGCAAGUCUGCCGGCGGACAUGAAGAAGGAGGGCGCGGACUGGUUCGCGGUGUGGAACCCGCGCAUCCGGCCGCGGCGGCUGGAGAGCGUGCAGUUGUUGCAUACGUUUGCGCAUGCGACAGUUGUCUGUUGUGUCCAAUUCUCCGCGGACGGACGCUAUUUGGCGACGGGCUGCAACCGCUCGGCGCAGAUAUUUGACGUCAAGACGGGCCGCAAGACGAGUGUGCUGGUCGACGACGUCAGUGGGCCGGCUGGGGACCUUUACAUUCGGAGCGUGCGGUUUAGCCCGGAUGGGCGAUUCUUGGCGACGGGGGCGGAGGACCGGAAGAUACGGAUCUGGGACAUCACGAAGGGCACCGUCGCCCAAAUAUUCUCGGGGCACACCCAGGAGAUCUACUCGCUCGACUUCUCGCGCGACGGCCGGGCGCAUCGUGUCCGGCUCGGGAGACCGGACCGCGCGCGUGUGGGACAUGGACGGCGGGCCGCCGCUCAUCCUCGCCGUCGACGAGCCCGCGCCCUCGCCGGCCGCCAGCCGCGACGGAACACGUGA